CUGUGGAUUGAAACGUCUGACGUCACUAUCGUGACACGAAAUCAUCUAUCUUCAGCCGCCAGAGUAGAGAACCGAAAGGAUCCGACUCGACUCGACUCUCUUCACAACCGUUCACUUCUGUAUUUGCGCUUUGACACAAUCCAGCUUCCUCAACCGAUAUUACCUGUUGUCUGGCUUGUUUGUUGACCGUUCGCCCUUCCUUGUCUAUGUCACCAUGGUCUAUGGGAAGCUUCUCCCCCUACUCGUGUUUGCGCUUCCACUACCAUCCCACGCGUUGGCGUCGGCUGCAGGAAACAUAUCACCCGUUCGAUCUGUCGUGGUAGUGGGAGGCACCCAUGGCAAUGAGUAUACUGGGGUGUGGUGCAUUAAGGAGCUGGAACAACCUUCUGUCUUCAAGAGCUUUUCCAAGCAAUACCCUUCUCUGGACAUUUCCACAUUAAUCGGAAACCCAGAUGCUCACUUGGCCAAUCGAAGGUUUUUGGACACUGAUCUGAAUCGAGAGUUUACUACUCAAAAGCUGCAGGCCAUUCAAGAUAAACUGGAUGCAUUACAAGGUGACCCUGAACAAGGAAUUCCUAUUGAGAGCUUGAGAGCAAACCAAAUCAACAAGCUGUUGGGACCUAAAACAGACCCCACCACAGAUGUGGUGGUUGAUUUACACACAACAACAACCAACAUGGGUGUGGCCAUUAUAAUCCCCGAAAAUGAUCCUUUGAUGUUGCAGGCAGCUGCCUAUGUGCUCCACAAAUGCCGAGAAAAUCCAGUCAAAAGCCUCCCAAACUCGGGACCCACUGUAGUGAGUGAGGAGGCAUACAUCCUUUUGGAGUCUAUCCCAGACCGAGAUGACCGACCCUUCCUGGCAAGUGUUGCGAAACAUGAAUUUACCAUUGAAAUUGGACCUGUCCCACAAGGAGUUGUGAGGCAUGAUGGUGUUGAAAAGACCAAACAAGCCAUGGAGGCAUUCCUGGAGUUUCUAGAAAAACGCAACAAGGACUGUGCCAGUGAUAGCCCUGAUGAAGGGGUUCGGAAGCAAAUCAAGCAGUGGUUCCCUUCUGGUCGUGUUCCUUGCUAUCAAUCAGCCAAGACAACUAGACCAGGAGAAAAUCUGGGGAAAAUCCAAUGGCCUUGUGCAGAUGAUAACCCCAACUUCCCUUCCCAUAUGGUGCACAAAUCGAUUCAGGAUCAAGACUUCAAGCUACUGCGGCGGGGAGACCCACUCUUUGUGACAAUGACAGGUGACGUGAUCCCCUAUGAUGGUUCACAUGGUGACUCUGUUUAUCUCAUGUUUAUCAAUGAAGGUGGUUAUUACUACUCUAGUUCUGGCACGGGCAUCGGUGUUGCGGUGAAAACAGAAUAUGACCUAGAAACAUCCAAAGUCUAUGAUGCAGACGAAAUUUCUCUGAAUGGCUCUUGAAGCAACUGAGCCAGUACCAUGGUAGUGAGAGUGCAAAAGACAAACCAGACAUUUUCAAUCUGCUGAAUUGCUACAGCAUACGGUACCUCUAAGGAUCUGAUACUGUUUAGGCAUUCUCCAGUACCCAACUAUCAAUCUGGCUCCAUUCCUACUUGCUAGACUCUCCAAUUUUAUUGAGCCAAGGUACCGGUACCAGUGCAAACAAAAGCGAGCAGCAUGAGUGACAACUAUCUAGCCAUAUCUCUGUAGCGCGGAGUUCUUGCAUAGCUGUUCAGCAGGAGGAAUCCUGGCGGACUGAAACUCCGUCCUGGAUUCCUCCAGCAUUCCACUCCAUCUUAGCAAUGCUGCAACUCUGCAACGACAGUGAAGAGUGAUUUCCUUUACUCUAACAGCUGGCUAGCUAGUGUCACAACGAGCUAGCUAGAGUUGCAACGUUGCUACCUGGUUCUGGUACCGGUACCGGCUCUACCGAAAGCCGCCUCGUUUCGCUUUUGCUUUCGUUGUUUCGUGAAGUCAAGGCAGGAACAAGUGGCUUGAUCCCGGCGAAACUGGCCACUAUCAUGCGCAAACUGUAGGGAGAAUAAUAGAUGGGGUAAAUAAUGGAUAUGUAGUAUCGUUAAUG